AUGACAAUGGCGAAAAACAUACCAAUUACAAGUGACAAUGAUUCACCAAUAGUUGCAACUACUCAACAAUUAAAAGAGUUAUCGGUUGGAGAUAUUGAUGAUGAUAAACCAUCGAUCGAGUUAGAUGAUAAUGAUGGUAGAGAACCUUUGUUACCAGUCCACUCUUUUGUUCAUGGUAAUAAUAAUAAUAACAACCAACAACUAGAUACACCAACAUCAUCAACAAAUGGAGUUGUAACUUCAUCUGCAAAUGAAGAUGAAGAGGUGAUUCACUUGUUACACAACCACAACAAGAUUGAGAGUGAUGUGCAUUCAAGUUUGGAUAGCGAUGACGAGAGAACCAAUCAAGAGGAUGAGUACUCUGAGGACGGCUCGGAAGAGGACCGAUAUGAGACGGACGACAGCGACGACACUGACAGCGACGUUGACUAUUUUGGCAUGGACGCUCUCACAAACAGCAGCAGUAACGGACGUCUCAGUCACCCACACAUGGCACCGUCAUCCCCAUCGUCGUCUUCAUCACUCUCUUCGUCGACCUCUAAUCUUCCCCCUGCUCCACACCAUACCCUCCCAACCCCAUCCUCAAUGAUCAAUCACAAUGCACAAAGAAAGUCGAAAAAGAUGAAUAAAAAGAAGUCGUCAAAGUCAAACAACAACAACAAUACAACUUCAACAUCGUCAACAACAACAACAACAACCACAAACAACAACUCUUCUUCUACUAGAUCAAAAAAGGAUAAAGAUAAGAAAAAGGAAAAGGGAAAGGGAAAAUCAAAGUCAAUGGACGGAAGAGAUUCUUUGGAUCUUGGAAAAGACAAAAAGAUCCAUUCGUUGAUCAGAAGUGAAGCCAACUCUCCACUCUUUUCACCAACCGAGUUUGUCAAGGGUGCAGGAGGAGGGUCGUCCUCACACCAACACCACCACCAUCCACCCCAGCCACUCACCACCCAACAUAAUCUGUCGUCGUCAUUGAUGGGAUUCCGCAAUCUCGGCUGUUCGAAUAUCCUUCAGAACCAGAACCCCCAGAUCAUUCCGUCGGGCAGUAAACCGUUACUCACCACACUGAUGGGAUCGGGUGACCCUAACCUAGGACGCGUUCUACCAGACCCAGAGUAUCUCCCACACGUAUGGGACGAGCAAGACAAUGUCUUUAUCGUGCCGACUUGCUCACACCCUAUCCUUGACAUUGACAAUCUCUUUUCAGAUGUCAGUGUCCCCGCAGGAGGGUAUCCAUCGACUCCGGGUGAUAGCACUCCCCGUCUUCUCCAGUCACAGUCUGUUGGAGAUAUCUUGUCCCAUCCAUCACACACCUCUCUCCAAUCGACCACACUCAACCAUCCAUCCAUGGCAUCAUCCUAUUAUCAAAUGCCAAACAAUGCUGGUGGUAGUAGUUUGAAUAAUAGUACUGCCAUCCCAAAGUAUUUUAAUAGUUUUGGUACCACCAGCGAACAACAACAACAACAGCAACAACAAGUACCUGGAAUGGACAAUGAUCUUCCAUUGGACAUUAAGAUUUUACAACUCUCUGGAUCAAGACAUUAUUUCAAUCGAGAGUUGACCGAGUUAAUUUACUUUUAUAGAAUAUUAUAUGAAGCUUAUAAUCCUGCUGUACCAGUAAUUGAAAAAUUAAGAUUCCUUGCCAUCACCUCUCAAAAUAUUGAUAUGUAUUUUUGUAAACGUGCUCUCAAAUUACGACUUGGAUUUAUUUCAACAAGAAAAUCAUUAAAACCAGAGGAAAAAUACAUAAACAUGGUAUUAAAUACAACUAGAAAUUUAAUCAAUGAUAAAUAUAAUCUAUUUAAUAAUAAGAUUGUUCCAGAAUUGGCAGCAAAUAAUGUUAAUUUAUUAAAGUAUGACGAUUUACAAGAUGGAGAAAAAUAUCAAUUAAGAGCAUUCUUUUUACAACAUGUAUUCCCAUUGAUGACACCAUUGGUAGUUGAUGCAGGACAUCCAUUCCCAAAUCUAAGUAAUCUCAGUUUGAAUAUUGCAGUGGUUCUUCAACACGAUGAAGAGGGGCAUACUAGAUUUGUUCGUAUCAAGGUACCACUCAAGAUUCCUAGAUUCGUACACAUUAAACAACGUCAACCAUACAGUUUGAUUCCAAUGGAGGAGAUUAUUUUGGCCAAUCUAGACACACUCUUUCCCAACACUAAACUGCUCACCAAAUGUCUCUUUAGAGUGACUCGUCAUUAUGAUCUCAAGCUCAAUGAAGACGAUGCCAACGAUCUGCUCGAGUUGAUAAAGACCGAGUUGCACAAACGAAAGUUUGCACCAAUGGUCAGACUCGAAGUGUCUGCCUCCAUGCCAAAGGAUAUUCUCGACAUGUUGAUCACACAGUUGCACCUCGACGACGCAGAUGUCUACAUUAUCGAUGGGUUGUUGGGAUUGGCCGACCUCUUUGAAAUCUGCAAGUUGAAUCUACCUCAUCUCAAAUUCGAACCUUGGAUACCACACAUCCCAAGUCGUCUCGUCAACCUCUCCAAGUAUCCUCAACAAGAUAUCUUUAGUGUCAUUAGAAAAGGUGAAUUGUUGGUUCAAUUACCCUACGUUAGUUUUAAUAGCAGUGUCCAAUUGUUCAUCGAAAGUGCAGUGAAAGAUCCAAAGGUGUUGGCCAUUAAAAUAGCCAUUUAUAGAACUAGUUCCAACUCUCAAUUGAUUAGAGCAUUGUGUGAAGCUGCAUCUCAUAAAGAGGUGAGUGUAUUGGUUGAUCUCAAGGCGUCGGGUGACGAAGAACAGAAUACAAAGUAUGCAAGAUUGCUCGAGCAGGCUGGCUGUCACGUGUCGUAUGGGUUGGUCGGUCUCAAGACACAUUGCAAGAUUGCUAUGGUGGUGCGCGAGGAGGAGAAUGGUCUCCGUGAGUAUUUGCACUAUUCAACGGGCAACUACAACUCGAGCACAGCCGAUAUCUACGUCGACAUGUGUCUCUUUAGUUGUGACCAGCAGUUGGGUGCCGACAUGUGCGAUCUAUUCAACUAUCUCACCGGGUACAGUCGUAUCACCUCUUUUAGAAAACUAUUGAUUGCUCCGAUGAACAUGCGAUCUACUCUGAUCCAAUUGAUCGAGACUGAAGCGAGAAAUGCACGUGAAGGUAAAGAAGCGUCCAUUUUAGCAGUCAUGAAUGGACUGGAUGACAAACGUAUUGUCAAUGCAUUGUAUCAUGCUAGUGUAGCAGGUGUCACUAUUAAAUUGGUCGUAAGAGGUCGCUGCAGAAUCCUCCCAGGUAUCCCUGGCAUCAGCCACAAUAUCAGUGUCAUUAGUAUCCUGGGUAGAUUCCUCGAACACAGUCGUAUCUACUAUUUCUCCAAUGGUGGUGCACCCAAGGCAUACAUUGCCAGUGCCGAUUGGUUGCAUCGUAAUCUCAAGCGAAGAGUUGAGACACUUGUCCCUGUCGAGGACCCAGCCAACAUCAAAGAGCUGCGUUCCAUCAUCGACGUCUACAUCAACGAUCCAACCGCCUGGGAAAUGUUACCCGACGGUCGUUACAAAAAGGUUGCAUCCAAUGAACAUGCCUCCCUUGCUUCUCAAAAUGUCUUUGUUCGUCACACCAUAAACACUCAUCCAAUUAUUUGGUCAAAAUAG